AUGCAUGUGCUCUUCUGGGGCUUGGGGUUCCUACUAUUCCCUGAUUUCUUGAAUGUAGUCGCAUCUACGGGGAGAUUGCUUUUGAAUUCAAGCACAGGAAAAGAGGAGAUCGGCGCGUAUGAGAUUGUAACACCGGUGCGAGUGAAUGAAGCCGGUGACAAGUUUCCAACCAGUGUGCACUUCAAGAGGAAAAGACGAAGUUUGGAUGAGAGCACCGGCAACAUUACGGAUCACUGGGCCUCGCCAAAUAUCCACUACAGGAUAUCUGCUUUCGGACAGAACUAUCACCUCAACCUCACGCUGGAAUCGGGAUUUAUCGCACCUCUCUACACUGUGACAAUACUUGGAGUACCCAGAGGAGAUAACAUAACGGGUUUUGCAACAGAUGGGGUCGUGGAGGAGGAGGAGGAGGAUACGGAGUUAAGGCACUGCUUUUAUAAAGGACAUGUAAAUGCACAAGCAGAACAUGCCGCAGUCAUCAGUUUGUGCUCCGGACUGCUUGGGACUUUCAGGUCUCCAGAAGGGGAGUAUUUUGUGGAGCCCCUUCACAGCUAUCAAGGAGAACACUAUGAAGAGGAACACACAAAACCUCAUAUUGUAUACAGAAAGAGUGCCCCCAAGAAAGAGACAUCCGGGGAGAACUCAGCUUGUGACACUUCAGGACACAAACACAGACAUAAGAGGCACAAGCCGAAGAGACGGCCGGCAGCAGGGGUGACCACUGUGUCUAAUGCAGCCCCGGUGGUCAGCACCGGUAUAUUCAAUGACAUGGAGUCACUGAGUGCCAGUCUGACCAGUGAUGCCUUGCUCAGAUCAGAGAGCAGCAGUGCUAGCGCUAGACCAUCAAAUGAUAGCAGUGGUGACUCAGGACCUCACAGGAGAUCAAAGCGUUUCCUCUCCUACCCGCGCUUCGUUGAAGUCAUGCUGGUGGCCGACAGCAAAAUGGUGGAACAUCACGGCAGCAACCUACAGCACUACAUACUCACAUUAAUGUCCAUAGUAUCUUCCAUCUACAAAGAUCCCAGCAUUGGCAAUCUCAUUAACAUUGUGAUUGUGAAGUUAGUCAUAAUAAACAACGAACUGGAUGGUCCUGUCAUUUCGUUUAAUGCACAGACCACUUUAAAGAACUUCUGCAUUUGGCAACAGAGUCAAAAUAUCUUGGAUGACAACCACCACUCCCAUCAUGACACUGCCAUCCUCAUCACAAGGCAAGACAUCUGCAGAGCAAGGGAUAAAUGUGACACCUUGGGACUGGCAGAAUUGGGGACCGUGUGUGAUCCAUACAGGAGCUGCAGCAUCAGCGAGGACAAUGGACUGAGCACUGCGUUCACUAUUGCCCAUGAACUUGGUCAUGUGUUCAACAUGCCCCAUGAUGAUAGUAACAAGUGUAAGGAGGAUGGAGUUAAGAUUCAGCAACAUGUGAUGGCUCCCACGCUCAACUACAACACAAACCCUUGGAUGUGGUCCAAGUGUAGCAGGAAGUACAUCACAGAGUUCCUCGACACAGGAUAUGGUGAGUGCUUGCUCGACGAACCCAUUUCUAGGCCUUACACUCUCUCGCAGCAGCUGCCUGGACGGAUAUACAAUGUCAAUAAACAGUGUGAAUUGAUAUUUGGGCCGGGAACACAGGUGUGCCCUUAUAUGACUCAGUGUCGGAGGCUGUGGUGCACCAGUCCAGAGGGCGCACAGCGGGGUUGCAGGACCCAGCACAUGCCAUGGGCAGACGGCACCGACUGCUCCCCUGGAAAGCACUGCAAACACGGCCUGUGUAUAGUCAAAGAGCAUGAUGCCACACCUGUGGAGGGGGCAUGGGGAGUUUGGAGUCCCUUCGGUACCUGUUCCAGGACAUGCGGCGGGGGCAUCAAGAUUGCCGUGCGCGAAUGCAACCGACCCGUGCCCAGGAACGGAGGAAUGUAUUGUGUGGGUCGUCGAAUGAAGUUUCGUUCCUGUAACUCUGAGCCCUGCUCCAAGCAGAAAAAGGACUUCAGGGAGGAGCAAUGUGCUGCUUUCGAUGGCAGGCACUUCAACAUCAACGGUCUACCUCCUAAUGUUCGCUGGGUGCCCAAAUACAGUGGAAUCCUGAUGAAGGACAGGUGUAAGCUGUUCUGCAGGGUGGCAGGCAGCACAGCCUACUAUCAGCUCAGGGACAGGGUCAUUGACGGCACGCCGUGCGGACCCGACACCAAUGACAUCUGUGUCCAGGGCCUGUGCAGGCAAGCAGGCUGUGACCAUGUAUUGAACUCGAAAGCCAGGAGGGACAAAUGUGGCGUGUGCGGAGGUGACAACUCUUCCUGCAAAACUGUAGCAGGCACCUUCAACAUUGUACGCUACGGCUAUAAUGAAGUAGUGCGAAUACCCAGUGGUGCUACAAACAUAGAUGUGCGUCAACACAGCUACUCAGGGAAACCGGAGGAUGACAACUACCUCGCCAUAUCAAAUAGCCGUGGAGAGUUCCUGCUUAAUGGAGAGUUUGUGGUCAGCAUGUUCAAAAGGGAAAUCAAAGUAGGAAAUGCUGUCAUCGAGUACAGUGGCUCUGACCAUGUCAUUGAGAGGAUCAACUGUACUGACCGCAUCGAGGAGGAGAUCAUCGUUCAGGUGCUGUCUGUCGGGAACCUUUACAACCCAGACGUCAGGUACUCCUUCAACAUCCCCAUAGAAGAUAAACCUCAGCAAUUCUUCUGGGAUGCCUAUGGCCCUUGGCAGGAGUGCAGCCGCCUGUGCCAAGGAGAGCGCAAGCGGAAGAUUCUCUGUAGCAGAGAGUCAGACAGGGUGGUGGUGUCAGACCAGAGAUGUCAUGGUACAGCCAGACCUGCCGUCAUCACUGAGCCCUGCAACACAGAAUGUGAACUCAGGUGGCAUAUUGCCCGUAAAAGUGAGUGCACAGCCCAAUGCGGCCUUGGAUAUCGUACCCUGGAAAUAUUCUGUGCCAAAAUCAGCCGUACAGAUGGCAAAACCCAGAAGGUAGAUGACCGCUACUGUAGUGGUCAGCGCAAACCUGAUGACAAGGAAGGUUGCCAUGGAGAUUGUGACCCAGGAGGCUGGGAGUACUCUCCCUGGUCAGAGUGUUCCAAGAGCUGUGGUGGGGGCACCCGCCGACGAGGGGCAGUGUGUCGAAAGGCAGCAGAGGCUGGCGGUGAUGAGAGCAAGUGCAGUCAAAGGGACAAGCUGACUGUCCAACCCUGCAAUGAAUUCCUCUGUCCACAAUGGAAAACUGGCGAUUGGUCUGAGUGCCUUGUGACGUGUGGGAAAGGCUACAAGCACCGCCAGACAUGGUGUCAGUUUGAUGAGGACCGUCUAGACGACCGCUUCUGUGGUUCUGCUAAACCUGAGUCGGUGCAGACAUGCCAGCAGCAGGAGUGUGCCUCCUGGCAGGUCGGACCCUGGGGACAGUGCACUACCUCGUGUGGGCCAGGCUACCAGAUGCGCGCGGUGAAGUGUGUGGUUGGGUCUUAUGGCGCUGUCAUGGAAGACACUGAAUGUAAUGCUGCCACCCGACCCACCGACACCCAGGACUGUGAACUGGCCCAGUGUCCCAGCAGCCACCCUGUUCCACCAGGGACCAAAGUACCCUCCCACCAGAGUCACAAAACCCAGUGGCGGUUUGGUUCCUGGACCCAGUGCAGUGCCAGCUGUGGCAAAGGGACACGGAUGCGCUACGUGAGUUGCCGUGACAACCAGGGUGGUGUGGCAGAGGAGUCGGCAUGCGCCCACCUACCAAAACCCCCUGCCAGAGAAGUGUGCUCGGUAGUGGCCUGCGGACAGUGGAAAGUGCUGGAGUGGACAGUGUGCUCAGUGACCUGUGGCCAGGGGAAGACCACACGGCAGGUACUGUGUGUCAACUUCAGUGACCAAGAAGUGAAUGCUAGUGAGUGUGACCCAGACGAUCGUCCAACCACAGAGCAGGAUUGUGCCAUGUCUCAAUGCCCGUCCCGCUCCAGUGAUGCCCGACCUCUCCCGUCCUCACCAAACAGCAGCAACAGGAACAACAUUCCCCGUAGCCAAUCCCAUCAAUGGCGGACUGGACCCUGGGGCGCGUGCUCCAGCACAUGUGCAGGAGGCUUUCAGCGACGUGUUGUAGUGUGCCAGGAUGAGAAUGGCUACCCUGCCAACAGCUGUGAGGAUCGCAGCCGGCCCAGUGAGCAACGAUCCUGUGAGUCAGGGCCAUGUCCACAGUGGAUCUAUGGCAGUUGGGGAGAGUGCACCAAGCCAUGUGGAGGUGGGAUAAAGACGAGGCUGGUGGUAUGUCAGCGUCCAAAUGGUGAGCGUUUCAAUGAUCUGAGCUGCGAGAUCCAUGACAAGCCACCAGAUCGUGAGCAGUGCAAUACUCAGCCGUGCCCGUCUAGCCCCCACUGGAGCACAGACCCAUGGAGCUCGUGCUCGUCCGCCUGUGGAAGAGGUGUCAAGUCCCGUAAGGUGAGCUGCGUGACCGGUUCAGGCCGCCCCGUCCCCGAGGAAAACUGCCAGCACCUGUCCCCUAAACCCGGCAAGCAGAGGCGCUGCAGAGGUGGCCGGUGUCCCAAGUGGAAUACUAGCAAUUGGGGAGAGUGCUCAGCAUCAUGCGGCGACGGCAUUCAGAGACGAGAGGUGUUCUGCCAAGUUGGAGACCAACGCAGCCCACUGGAGUCCGACUGUCCCCUGCGCUCCAGACCAACGUCCAGCCAGAGCUGCCGGGUUGCAGAAUGUCCCUCCCGGUACCGUUGGAGGGAAGGAGACUGGCAGACGUGCAGUAAGUCAUGUGGAUCAGGCCACCGGAGACGAGUCUUGCAGUGCGUGGAUCACAAUCAGAAGGAAGUCCAUGAGAUGUACUGUGUGAAUCAGAUCAGACCUCCAGACAUAGAAAGCUGCAACGCCCAUGCAUGUGAAUUCAUCUGGAUCACAGGGGAAUGGUCUGAGUGCUCAGCCAGCUGUGGUCAGGGCUACCGCCAGCGUCUGAUCUCCUGCAGCGAGGUGCAUGUAGAGAAUGACAACUAUGAGUACGGCCAUCAGUCUUUGUCGAACUGUCCAGGGACUCCCCCUGAGAGCUACAUGCCUUGUAAUCUGGGCCCGUGUCCACCGCCACAGGAGUGGAGGGUUGGAAUCUGGGGACUGUGCUCAGCGAGCUGUGGAGAUGGAUUGAUGGAGAGGACGGUGCAGUGCAUGUCCGCAGAUGGUCAGGAUCGCAAUGGGUGUUCUCUGGAUGCCAUGCCAGAAGCCCGGAAAGUCUGCAGGAAUCCAAGCUGCCAUUUGCCCUCUAGCUGCCAAGACGUCCUCAGCUUGAGCGGCCCCCUUCCAGACAGUGAACACUUUCUCAAUAUUCAAGGAAAAGCACUCAAGGUCUACUGUGCAGGAAUGCAGACAGAGACUCCACAGGAGUACAUCACCUUGACGACGGGAGAAGGGGAGAAUUUUUCAGAGAUCUUUGGCUUCAGGCUCAAUGACCCCACCCAGUGUCCAGCCAAUGGCUCCAGAAGAGAAGACUGUGACUGUCGGAGAGACUAUUCUGCCUCCGGCAUCACCACCUUCUCCAAAGUGCGCCUGGACCUCAGCAAGAUGAACAUCAUCACUACAGAUUGGCAGUUUGCUUUCACCCGUGAAGGCAAGAGAGUUCCAUUUGCCACAGCUGGAGACUGCUACAGCGCCGCCCACUGUCCACAGGGUCGGUUCAGGAUCAACCUCUCAGGAACAGGUUUUAAGGUGGCUGAGGACACCUCGUGGAUCUCCCAGGGCAACUAUGCAGUGGCUGAUGUGCAAAAGUCACAGGAUGGAAGCAGAGUGUCAGGAAUGUGUGGAGGCUACUGCGGUAAAUGUACUCCGUCCUCUGGCUCCACUCUGCCUGUAUCAGUGGAAUAGUUCCAACACUAUCAAACAGCGUCCGUUUCCACUCAUCUUGGCAGUUAUAUUCAGGUGCUCAUCAGGUAUCAAGACAUCCUUCCUUUUUUGGUGCUACAUCCAUCGUAGAGCUCAAACC